CUGUUGCGUGCUGGUGCUCCAGCUACUGUCGAACAUUACCUUCAGCCGCCAUGACCAACGGCUGGGUCGCCCUCUCGCACAUCCUUGGAUGGAUCGGAACCGCCGCAUGGUCCAUAUCCUUCUAUCCCCAGCUCAUCAUCAACUACCGGCGCAAGUCGGUCGAGGGCCUCAGCAUCGACUUCUUCAGCCUCAACCCACUCGGCUUCGCCUGUUACACCGUCUACAACGUCGCUCUUUACGCGUCACCGACGGUCCGCAGGCAGUACGGCGAGCGACACGACGGGCACUACCCGCAGGCGCAGGCGAACGACAUUGCCUUCGCCGUCCACGCCCUCGUCUUUUCGCUCAUCACGCUCGGGUCCAUCUUUGUCUACAAGCGCGACCCGAAGCAACGCUUGUCCAAGUUCAACGGCGCCGUCCUCACUUUUCUGCUCGGCUCGAUCGCUCUCGGCACCAUCCUCGUCGCGACCCGUCGCAUACUUGCGCUCGACCUCAUCCUGUGGCUCAGCUACGUCAAGCUGUACAUCUCGACGACCAAAAUGCUGCCGCAGGCGUGGAUCAACUACCGCCGCAAGAGCACAGUCGGCUGGAGUAUCGAGAACAUCCUCCUCGACUUUACCGGCGGCGUCUUGUCCUUGAUCCAGCUCGUCAUCGACUCGUGGGUCGACGGCGACCUGCGCGGCAUCAUCGGCAACCCGGGCAAGCUCGGCUUGGGCCUCCUCGCGCUCGGGUUCGACGUCCUCUUCAUGCUGCAGCACUUUGUCCUGUACCGCGGUGCGCGCGUCGAUGAGGAUCGGGAUCGAGCGGGCGACGAGGCGGGUGCGCAGCCAUCUUCUGCGUCGGGGACCACAGCGGGGGAGAGCGAGCCACUUCUCGGCUCGCGGGGACGGGCGAGCGACUCUGUGUAGACCUCUCUAUGUUGUGCAACGUGGCCCUUCUCGAUGUCAGA